AUGUCUGCCCAAGGAAAUGGAAUAACUCUGAAGGGGGCUCCUUUGGACCCGAGCAUCGCUUUGAAGCCAUGUGAUUAUGAGAGUGUUGGCGCCCACGCCGAGAAAAUCAGCAAGCUAGCCAGCUCCAUUUCCCCAGAAGAUGACAAAACUAGGCUCGAACUCGCUGAGACUGCCAGAAAGUUAGUGAGGGCGUUGGAGACUCCUCGUGAGACCAUGAUCAAGCACUGUUGGGCACAAACGGCCACAAUGGCUGCCCUCACGGUCGGCGUCGAUAUGGGGUUAUUUAACAUCAUGGCCGAGGACGGUGGAAAGAGCAAGAAAUCGGCGGACCUUGCUAAGGCAGUCGGAGCGGAUCCAACCCUAGUCGCACGACUCCUACGCCACCUGGGUGCAAUGGGCUACGUCGAAGAGACCGAUGUCGAUGAGUAUAAGCCAACCAACUUCACAAAAUCCCUGACAAUUCCCAUCAUCUAUGCUGGUUACCCUGUCUUGUCCGGUGGUUUACUCAGCGCGAACAACUUAUUCCACGAAUACCUCCGGCAGAAUGGUUACAAGACGCCCACUGACUUGUCCGACGGAGCCCUUCAAUAUGCCUACAAGACGAAGAACAAUAUGUUCGAGCAUCUCCAAGCCAACCAACCUUACGGCGAUCUCUUCAACCUUCACAUGGGCGGAUACCACCAGGGUCGGGCAAGUUGGAUGGAUGCAGGAUUCUUCCCUGUCCAGGAGAGGCUGAUUGACGGAGCCGACAAGAGCUCGAGCUCGCCUUUCCUGGUCGAUAUCGGUGGUUCAAUUGGCCACGAUAUCCAGGAAUUCCUACACAAGUACCCAUCCGCACCCGGCCGUCUAGUACUACAAGAUCUACAGCCUGUCCUUGACAAGAUCACCACCCUAGACAGCAGGAUCGAAGUUAUGACGCAUAACUUCUUACAAGAGCAACCAAUCAAGGGUAGCAGAGCUUAUUACAUGCACUCUGUCCUUCACGACUGGCCUGAUGUCGAGGCCUUAAAGAUCCUUGCGCGAGUUAAGGAGGCCAUGAAGCCGGGCUACAGCAAGGUGCUCAUCAACGAGAACGUUAUCCCUCCGCGCAACGCGACUUGGGAGGCCACUGGUCUGGACAUCCUUAUGAUGACGCUGUUGGCCUCCAGAGAGCGAACGGAGCAGGAUUGGCGUCACUUGUUGGGUGAAGCCGGCUUGAAGAUCACCAAGAUAUGGACUGUCGCGAACGGCGUCGAGAGUUUGAUUGAAUGCGAGUUGGCGUAA